GAAAACGGAAUACCUGCCUGCCUGUCAGGGAAGGUUCAACUUAUUACCACUCGGAGGCAGCGCAAAUAUUUCCAGGCUGGGCAACGAUACUUUACAACGAAGACGGAAACUCCAUCGAUUGAGGGGGAAAGCAGAGAAAAAGGGGAGACCCUGUAACACUGGAGCGACCAUGGUGGGCGAACGCCGCAAUGGGAACCUGCUGGUGCAGCUGGGCCCAAAGCAGCAGGCUUACCCGGAGGAGCUGAUCCGGCAGCGGCGGACGCACGACGGCCAGACGGAGUACCUGAUCCGCUGGAGCCUGCUGGCCGUGGACGAGGGCGGCGGCUCGGGGGGCGGGGCCAGCGAGGCAGGCGGGGGCGGGAGCGGCGGCUCGGGCGGCGGCGGCUCCUCCUCGGGCGAGAGCAAGACCGAGAACAUCCUGAUGUGGAUGUCCAAGGAGGACGUCUACGCCAACUGCCCCACGCUGCUGGGUAAGCGCACGGCCGACGUGCAGCGGCCGCUGAAGGAAGAGCGGCCCAGCAGCGAGUUCCCCGCCGACGUCACCUUCGACGAGGUUGAGCUCUCCGACAUGAAGGACGACGUCAAGAACCUGGUGCGGCGGGCGCGCAAGCAGAUGGCCAAGAAGAGCGACCUGGCCAUCAGCAUCACCCACACCAUCCACGUGCUGAGCGCCUACGCCAGCAUCGGCUCGCUGGUGGGCGUCUUCAAGGAGACGGGCGCCCUGGACCUGCUCAUGGAGCUGCUCUGCAACAAGGAGAGGCAGACGCGGCGCAGCGCCGGCAAGAUGCUCCGCGCACUGGCCUCGCACGACGCAGGGAGUCGUGCCUAUGUCCUCCUGUCCCUCAGCCAGCAGGACGGUAUUGAGCAACACAUGGACUUCGACAAUCGCUACACCCUGCUGGAGCUGUUUGCUGAAACCACCUCUUCCGAGGAACACGGUAUCUCCUUCGAAGGAAUCCACCUCCCCCAGAUCCCAGGAAAGCUGCUGUUCUCCCUGGUGAAGCGCUACCUGUGCGUGACCUCCCUUAUGGACAAACUCAACACGGCGGGGGUGGAGUCCAGCUCGGAGCGGCAGGAAGGCGGCCCCUCCUCCUCCUCCUCGGCCCCCGCGGGGGCGGGCCACCAGACGGAGCAGUCCCGGGUGCAGCGCGAGUUCGAGUUCACCAUGGCGAUGGCCAACCUCAUCUCCGAGCUGGUGCGCGUGAUGGGCUGGGACCGCAACAGGCAGCCCCCGCAGGGCUCCGCCGCCGCGCCGCCCGGCAAGGACGACGCGCCGCGCACCGUGCGCUCCAUCUUCCAGCCCCGCUUCUCCAGCUCGCCCACCGUUAUGGCCGCCUCGCCGCCCAAGAAGAAGGCCACCAACAGCUUCAAGACGCGCUCGGACUUCGCCAGCCGCACUGCCUACGUGGAGUACGUGCAGGACAACCUGAAGAGCGGCAUGCUGGUCCGCAUGCUGGAGGACUACGAGGAGGUCAGCGCUGGCGAUGAGGGCGACUUCCGCUACAGCAACGACGGCUCGCCGCCAGUACAGGUGUACUGGAACUCGCUGUCUCGCACGUACUGGGUGCACUGGCACAUGAUCGAGAUCCUGGGCAGCGGCACCAGCGGGCAGGCGGAGAAGGAGACCCAGGAGAAGGCCACAUCCCUCACCGAGACGCUCAGACUCACAGCCGUGAGUCAGACGUUCUUCUCCAAGCCCCCCGGGGGGCUGUACUCGUUGCCUUACCUGGCGGAGGGGCUGCAGGAGGACGGCAGCACCCUGAGCCGGGCCGAGUGGUGGGAAGUGCUCUUCUUCAUCAAGAAACUGGAACCAAAGCAGCAGCAGGAGGUCAACAGCAUCCUGCGGCAGAGCCUAGACGACCAGAUGUCGGAGCUGGACGAGGUGGCCCUGGUCGAGCUGUCGGUGCCCAGCGAGGUGGCCCAGAAGGUGCUGCACUACCUGAAGCAGACCCUGCAGGCGUCCUGCCUGCGCGACCUGCAGUGCUCCCACGUCUUCGCCAGGCACUACCUGCAGCGCGGCGGCCUGGAGGAGGAGCUCCUGGACAGCUCCCUCAGCCCCAUGGAGCUGGGCGAGCAAGGCCCGUCCGCCUCCACCUCCUCCUCCCUGGGCAGCCUCUCCAAGAAGCCCAAGAAGGACAUCUCCUACGACUCUGGCAUCUGCAGCAGCAGCUCGGACGCCGAGAGCGAGCUGCCCAAAGAGGACGAGUCCAAGUACCCCGAGGACCUGGAGGAGAAGAUGAAAGUGUUCAACAACCCAAAGAUUCAGGGCAAGAAGAACUCGCUGGAGAAGAUGGGGGAGGUGGUUGACAUCAUGAAGAAGAGCGGCUCAGACCCUGGGCAGCAGCUGGCCGGCAUGAAGUUCAUUGCCAAGAUCCUGAUGGAGGAGGGCCCUCAGGAGAGGAGCACCCUGCGGACAGACUCUGCCCAGACCAUUCGGGAUAAAAUCCUGAAGAUGCUGGUGGAGAUGCUGAGCGGCCAGCCCAAGGAGGUGGUGGUGAGCACCUUGCGGCUGAUCUGCAUCCUCAUGCUUCGGUAUGAGUGGAGGGUCUCCUUCGCCACGGAAGGGGGCGUUAAGGCCAUCCUGUCCUUCAUGCAGGAGCACCCCACCUGCACGCAGGUGCAGAAGAUCGCCCUGGCGGCCCUGAAAGUGAUCACAGGUGCCAGCAAGCACGACAUCCGAAGCAUGGGCAGAUGCCUGCCCCUCUCUGAAUCUGGAACCCAGAUGAUGCUAGAGAUCUUUGCCAGCAUCGGCUCUGCCACCCCGGAGGGCUCCAAGGGCCUCCUGGGUGCCAUCCCCACUGCCAUCGAACUAAUGCUGAACACACCAGGGUGUUCGGCCUCUGUGCGCGACGGCCUGCUGGUGGUCAUCAUGCUGAUCUCCAACCACAAGAGCCUGGCAGAGCAGCUGGUGGCCUGCGACAUCAGCGCCGUUCUCAAGAAGUGCCUCUCGCCCCCCCAGGCAGAGACCAUGCUGGCCAUCAUCGCCCUCAACCACAUCUCCAUGGUCCACAAGCUGGAGAAGAAAGAGUCGAAGGAGGAGCUGGACUUCAAGGACACGGGACUUAAGAUGCUGGUGGUCAGCCUGAAGGAGAUGACGGCCACCAAGGAGGUGAUCCUGACGCUGGAGCAGCUGCUCUGCGACGACGCCUCCCAACUGGAGGAGGAGCGCAACCAGGUGACCCGCAACAAGGACACCUACCAGGACCUGGUGAGGCUGAUGGACCAGCAUCGCGUGGACCGGGCUGUACAGCUGUCCAUCCUCAGGAUUUUAAAUAAGUUCCUGGACAACUACCAGGAGGACCUCCUGCCCUGGCACGAGAGCAUUGAGCCCUGCUUGUCUUCCAUGACUGCCUUCAUUAAUGACCGAGAGGUCGUGCAGUUGUUCAUCCGGUUCCUGUACCGGCUGGCCACGCUGAACAAGGACUAUGCCGUGGUGAUGUGCCGCCUGGGCACCAAGGACGCGCUGAUCAAGGCGCUGGACAAGCACAGCACCAACCUGCUGCUGGUGACGGAGCUGCGCGACCUCAUCAGCGACUGCGAGAAGUACGCCAGCCUCUACAAGAAAAUGACCACCAGCAUACUGGCUGGAUGCAUUCAGAUGGUGCUGGGCCAGAUCGAGGAGCACCGGCGCAGCCACCAGCCAAUCAACAUCCCCUUCUUUGACGUGUUCCUGCGCAACUUGUGCCAAGGGUCCAGUGUGGAGCUCAAGGAGGAUAAGUGCUGGGAGAAGGUGGAGGUGUCCUCCAAUCACCACCGGGCCAACAAGCUGACAGACAAGAACCCAAAAACCUUCUGGGAGUCCAAUGGCUGCACAGGUUCCCAUUUUAUCAACAUCUACAUGCACAAGGGGGUGGUGAUUAGGCAGCUGGCAGUGCUGGUGGCCAGUGAAGACUCCAGCUACAUGCCAGCUCGAAUCGUUGUACUGGGUGGAGAUGAUCCCACGAACAUCAACACCGAACUCAACACGGUGAAUGUGCCUCCUUCAGCCAGUCGCAUCGUUCUGCUGGAGAACAUGACCCGCUUCUGGUCUAUUGUGCAGAUCAGAAUCAAGAGGUGUCAACAGGGCGGCAUCGACACGAGGGUGCACGGCUUCGAGGUGCUGGGGCCCAAGCCCACCUUCUGGCCGGUAUUCAAGGAACAGCUGUGCUGUCGCACGUACCUGUUCUACACCACCAAGGCCCACACCUGGUGCCAGGAGAUCCUGGAGGACAAGGGGCAGCUGCUCCAGCUCUUCAACAAGCUCAACAGUGCCCUCCGGCACGAGCAGAUGUUCGCCGACCGCUUCCUGCCGGACGCUGAGGCGGCAGAGGCUCUGGGCCGCACCUGCUGGGAGGCGCUCAUCACCCCCAUCGUGCAAAGCAUCACUCUCUCAGACACGCCGGUCCUGAGCCCCCUCUCCUGGCUGCUCAGUGAGUACCUGGACAACGCCGAGACGGCCAAGCGCUGCAAGAGCCGGGCGGCCAUCUUCAACUCCCGCGUGCGCCGCCUCACCCACCUGCUGGUGCACGUGGACACCAGCCGCGUGGACACGGAGGAGCUCAAGCCUCCCGUCAAGUCCAAAGGUAUCAACCGAAGCAAAGAUUUAAAGAAUGGCAAGGAGGUGAAGAACAAAGAGGUGGCGGCCUCCUCGUCCUCCUCCUCCGCGGUCAGGCCCAAAGUGAAGAACACCAGCAGCAUAGCGGGGAUAGCGCAGUGCUGGCAGGGCGUGGUCCAGCGACAGGUGAAGAAGUUCCUGGACUCUGCGUGCAGUUUGCCGGACUUCGUGGAGCGCUACAGGAACAUGUACCUUCGUCUGAAGAACGCCAUGGAGGAGCUGUUUGGCCAGCAGACGGCCUUCGUGCUGGCGCUGAGACAGGGCUUCUCUGCCGCCCUGCUGCAGCUGUCCAUCCUGACAGCCAUGCAUGUAAGCGAGAGGUUCGCCCAGUACAUCGACCUGAUGAUCCAGGAGAGCGGGGUGGACUCUGGGAACGUGGAGACGCUGAACCAGCUGCAGCAGUUCCUGGAGCCAAUGCUCUUCCUCUCUGGCCUGGAACUGGCCAACACCUUUGAGCACUUCUACAGGUACUACCUGGGCGACAGGCUCCUGGGCCAGGGCAAGGUGUGGCUGGAGAGCGCGGUGAUCGAGCAGAUCGGCACCUGCUUCCCCAACCGCUUCCCCCAGCAGAUGCUGAAGAACCUGAGUGAGUCGGAGGAGCUGCAGCAGGAGUUCCACCUGUACCGCCUGCAGCAGCUGGACAAGUCCCUGCAGGAUGUGGACGAGGAGAUGAUGGAGGAUCAGGCCACAGGUCCUGAUGAGGAGGGAGAGGUGAAGGUGCUGGUGCUCUCCCCGCGCUGCUGGGCCGUCUCCUCCCCCUGCUACCUGGAAAACCCAGAGAAGUUCUUCCCCCCGCAGCUCUGUAGCUACCUGGCCGAGUUCACAGACUUCUAUGCCAACAGCCAGAGCAUGUACAGCCUGACGCACAGCAAGCCCCGGCGCCUGCAGUGGACCUGGCUCGGGCACGCUGAGGUCCGCUACGGCUCCUGCACGCUCUACGUCUCCACUCUGCAGAUGUACAUCCUGCUGCAGUUCAACCACCAGGAGGAUGUGUCCAUUGAAGCUCUUCAGCAGGCCACAGGGCUGUCCCCUGUCGUCCUGGCCCACGCACUUAAACCUCUGACCGCAGAGAAGGGCAUCCUGAUCCAGAGGUGUCCCAGCCAGGACCCCAUGAAGGGGUUCCUGAAGCUGAACAAGCAGGCCUUCCAGGGCUCAGAGGCCCGCAGCUACUGCUACCUGCUCCCUAAGCAGACCUAUCUGAACGUGGACGAGGACGCUGCCAGCACCCUGGAGAGGAAGCGCAACUACAUCUACUGCCUCAUCGUCCAGAUCAUGAAGGCGGAGAAGGAGAUGCACAUCGACAACCUGGUCUUCAGGGUGCUGGACACGUGCCAGAAGCAGGAGGCGACGCGCUCGCCCGGCGCCGUGCGCUUCAGCUGCAGCACCACGGACGUGCUCUCCUGCGUCAUGCACGUCAUCAACAAGGGCUACAUCCGGCGCAACGAGGACAGCCCGCACAUCGUGGAGUUUCUUCCCGAGGACCCCUCCACCCCGCAGAAGGGCCAGGCGCACAUCUCCUUCAGCCGGCCGGAGCUGAAGAAGGGCCCCAGUGCCAGCGGCAAGGCUCCCAUCAGCCUGGGAGGUCUCCUUGCGGCCCCGCAGCGGGCGGAGGACGGGGUCCUGGAGGCGGUGCUCUUCUCCAUGGGCCGCACCAUGACGCAGGAGGAGGUGCGGCAGCUGAUGAAGCGCACGGUCCAGCAGGUCUCCAGCACCCUGAGCCUGGACCUGGACCGGGCCGAGCACCUGCUGGUGCACUGCAAGUGGAACGUGGACCUGCUGAUCCAGCGCUACACCGACGACCCCGACACCCUCAUCCUGGCGGCGGGGCUGAAGGGCCGCAACCCGCAGCCGCCGCCCAGCCCCGUCUCGCAGUGCCCCGUCUGCCUGAUCCCCCAGACGGGGGACCCCGACGUCACGCCCACGCUCUGCUGCAUGCACUACUGCUGCCGGUCUUGUUGGCAGGAGUACCUCACGGCAAGGAUCGAGCAGAACUUGGUGAUGAACUGCAACUGCCCCAUCACAGACUGCCGGGCCCAGCCCACGUCCCAGUUCUUCUUCAACAUCCUGACUGACAAGGACAUCAUUGCCAAGUAUGAGAACGCGCUGCUCCGGGGUUACGUGGAGUGCUGCUCCAACCUGACCUGGUGCACCAACCCCCAGGGCUGUGACCAGAUCCUCUGCAAGGAGAACAUCGGCAGCAUGGGCACCUGCUCCAAGUGCUGCUGGUCCUCCUGCUUCAGCUGCAACUUCCCUGAGGCACACUACCCAGCCAGCUGUAGCCACAUGUCCCAGUGGAUGGACGACGGUGGCUACUAUGAGGGCAUGAGCAUGGAGGCCCAGAGCAAGCACCUGGCCAAGCUCAUCUCCAAGCGCUGCCCCAGCUGUCAGGCCCAGAUCGAGAAGAACGAAGGCUGCCUGCAUAUGACUUGUGCCAAAUGCAACCACGGAUUCUGCUGGCGGUGUCUCAAACCCUGGAAGCCGACACAUAAGGAUUACUACAACUGCUCUGCCAUGGUGAGUAAAGCAGCACGCCAGGAGAAGAAAUUCCAGGACUACAACGAAAGAUGCACUUUCCACAAUCAGGCCAAGGAGUUUGCCAUUAACCUGGAGAACAAGGUCUCCUCAAUAAAUGAAGCCCUGCAGAUGAAGUCCUUAACGUUUGUGAUCGAUGCCUGCAAGAUCCUGGCCCAGGCUCGCAAGGUGCUGGCCUACUCGUGCGUGUACAGCUACUACAAUCAGGACACAGAGAAGAUGGAUGUGAUGGAGCAACAGACUGAAGCCCUGGAUCUACAUACCAAUGCCCUCCAAAUCCUGCUGGAGGAGACGCUGCUGCAGUGCACUGACCUGGCGUCCUGCGUGCGCCUGCUGAAGCCGGAGCACCUCAACACGGGGCUGGAGCUGAUCCGCCGCAUCCAGGAGCGCCUGGUGGCCAUCCUGCAGCACUCCACCCAGGACUUUCGCGUGGGGUACCAGUCUAAGACCGGGUCCGAGCAGGAGGCGGCUCAGGCCUCAAACCUCGCUAACCACACAGACUCCAACAAAGAGACAAAGUCGGAGGGGGGCUCCGAUUCGGGCGACUCGGACAACAACAACAACACAGGGGAGGACGGGGGCGAUGGCGAGGAGGAGGACGACGAGUACGACGACGAGUACGUCCCCGAGUGGCACGAGGACUACGACGAGGACGACAUUGACGAGGACGACUUCUUCUCCGACGACGACGAGUCCGAGAAUCUCGAGAGGGACUUCAGCCCGUACGACUAAAAAAAAAAAAAAUGAAAAUCCCACACA